GUAUGGCUUUUGCAUCAUGAUCGGGUGCGCGAAACGAGACCUUCCGACAAGGUUGUGUACGUCAGUGGCGGAAUCGGAGUCUGGAAUCUUGCUCCCAACUCUCUUGUCGAGGCACGUCAAAAUGCCCGGCGGGCGUGAUAUGUGCGGUUUUGUUCGUCUAAAGCGCAAUUGUUUCUUUCCUGUCCCAUGACGGUCGACGGUCGGCGCGCGAUAUGCGAAAACCGGCCAAUGGGUAUCGGCAGACAAGGCGUGGCAUAUGUUGUUGGCCUUUUUUGCAUAGAAUUAUCGCCGUGUGGGAUGAAAGACAGGGUGGACAGUUGUUGUAUGAUAAGAACAAUGUUGCAGGAUGCUUUGUUUUUUUAAUACGACACAAUCUCUUGCACCAGAUGAUAAUCUUUUGGAGAAGUUUGUGACUUUCUUUCCCAUCUCAACUUAGACUUUACUCUCGUUUUGUAGUGAUUUCUUCCCGAUACACCCUGUGUAGCCAGAUGCUCAAUGCGGUCACGAACGAGCCCCCCACAGUAAAAACAACUACGCCAGAGACCGGACAUAAUGCGUCGUUAUCCACCCCCUACUACUCCAUUGCCGUACAGUUUUGCAGCAAAGUAUGCGAAACGUCCGAUCGCCAGCUGCCGCUGUUGUUGUUCUAGUUGCGCUAGCUGCGCCGGUUACUUGAGGCUCACGCGUCUAAACAACAAAUUGCGCCUCGAAGAUCAUACAGUACGAUCGUGCAUUCCAACCCACCCACCCAUAUUAAUGGCACACACACACACACACACCCCUCCCGAUCAUCCGAUCAUGACAUGGCCAGACGAAAAGUUUGUUUUUCAAUGGAUAGAUUUUCAUCAACAUCACACAGGAGUUAGCAGACAAGAGGAGCUGGUGGGAGCUCCAGAACGUCCAGAGAAAUCGAACACGCGAUUUACAUUUGCUGCGGUCCGUGUGGCAUUCCGUCGAAACCGGUUCGCACACACUGGUGCUUGUAAACAUGACGCAUCGCCACACACACACAGGCACGCACGAAUCAUCCAAAAGGUCUGCGAAGAAUCACUCAUAACAUUGGGCCGCCCAUCUUCCACUUGAUGCUGUUCAUGCUUCUCUUCGCUGAACAUUUCAUUUUCAUUUUUGCCAUGCCGUGCCUACUUUCAGUCUCUCAGCCCGAAAACGUGUGCAGAAGUAGAAGGAAAACAGCGGACCGACAAACCGAUCCAAGGGCAAGGCGAGGUUUUUGGAGAAGGAAUGAGGUAGAAGAAGCCUUUAAUUUUGGCCCCAUUAAGUAACUUCUGGGAAACGGGAAACGGACUGGUGGGGCGAUCUUCUCGGUUGAGUGAAACGACCAUAACAAAACAUUAGUCUCGUGUACAAUCCGCGGACUAUUUUGUUUUUGCUUUCUUCAUGCUUUGGCCAGUUCCGGUGACAAAUCCACCGAUGAGGAUUAAUCCCAUCUACUCACUGCAAUAGCGUAAGAUCGUUCGCGAUCGUAUCGGAAAAGGCUACCUUAUUUCGAGACGUAGAAUGCAAGUACUUAUCGUACUCUUUUAUUUUUUAUUGAAAUUUCAUUACUACGCAGCAGGUGCACGCGUAGCAAUUAGUUUACUUUCUUCCCCCACCCGCCCAGACUGUUUGUCGACCCCGUUCCGUGUUAAUAACCUCUGCGGAUAGAAGAUCGACUUUUUUCUUUUGCUUGUAAACCAAAUCUUACCCAUCUUUGUGGCGCGCGUGUGCGCCUUUCUUGUGAGACACAUUUGCAAACCCGCACAAUUUACAAAACUAAUCGGGGGGAUGGAACACUCUCUUCCCCACUCUGGAACGGUCCCAUUACAGCUGUUUACGGGACAAAUAGUCGUGAUAAAACCAGCAGGGUGGCCGUAAAUAGAACGAGGCAUCUGGAAGAACGUGAUCGGCGUGUUUUUGGGGGGUUUUCUGAUAAACACAUAUAUCUGUUUAUCAGACCUCCGUACAAAGGCAAACUAUUUUGGUGUCGAUAUUUUCCUUUUUUCCAUCUAGCCCUUUUGGGAUAAAGAAAAACACAUGUAUACAUUUUAUGAUUGCACCGGCCAAAAGCAUUUACAGCACCGAAAGAGCGAACAGUAAACAUAAAAUAGCAGGUAUGUGGAGGGUGGUGAAGGAGUGGAGCGAGAACGCGAACACGACCCAGUCCCUACCAGUAUGCUGCCGCUCGCCAUGGAUGGAUGGAAGACGAGCGCGACUGCACGCACACUCCUUCCGUUGGUGUUGGUUUCACAUUACCCACACCAACACAAACUCACAAAAUAUGCGCUAGCAAUAACAUCGAAAGAACUAACUCUCUAUUUCAUUUUCGAAAAUCGAAGAAAAGCGGUGGAAAACUGGCCAGAAAAGCGAUGUCGCGUGUCUUUUGGCUAAUGAAUUAUCAAACAGUUUUCACACUAUUCUCUCUAUCUCUCUCUCUCCAUGUAUUGCCAUCGCUUCACCGGCAUGCCAUUAUUUUGAAGGCCACAGCAUAUAUUCGUUGCCCGUCCAACCCUCCCCAAAAAAAAAUCCACCCCACAAAAGCCGGUUCCACGAGCGUUUUAACCUGUGUAUUGUAUAUCUUACACGCACACCACGACCACCAACCCCUUGAGGCUCGCGGACUUGGGACACAGUGACAGGGAUGGUGGCGGUGGUGGCCCAAUGGUGGCAUAUUCCCGGAGCGCCUGCGAUGGGAUUGGAGAAAAAAGGGUGAGUUUACGCGAAAAGAAAACGGUCAGGAAAGAGGUGGUGGUGGUGGUGUGGAAAUUGUUUUGAGAAACUGCGUCGUAGCGAAAUCGGCAGUACGGACUGGGACACCACAGGCAUUUGCCGGCGUUUGGCAGGGGGAUAGGGCACGGGGGGAGUACUGUUUUCGUUUGCUUCAUUUUACCGGCAAAUAUUUUUUUGGUUAGCAAAACGUGCCGGUAAGAGAAAUGCUCAAAACAGAGCAUUCUAUGGAAGAUAUGAGCAAGCAGUUGGCGUGUCGCACAUGUGGUUUGUGGAGAACUCAUCGUUUACAGUAAUUGAAACACAAAUAUGUUGUGGAAUAUUUUAUUUAACUUUGCCUUUGGGGGGAAAAAAAAGUUUACUGCUCACACAAUUUCUCUUCCCUACCGCUCAAGAAUCGAACACACUUCUUCUUCCGUCUCCACUUGCACGUACGCUUGACGGCGGCGGUGGUGUGUGGCGCACGAUAAGAGAAGUAACUCGAAGCGAAACGCACACCAAUGCGCACGGACUUGCUGCGUAUCUGCUUACACCGUAAGCGGUACCAGGGAAGGGGUUGGAAGGAAAUAGGGGUUGAACGGCUAAGAACCGGGGGCUGUGCGGUGUAGUGCUGACCAACAGUGGGCAAAAGGUCGCACUAAAAUGAUUUAAAAUAGAAAUUGUGUUUGAGUUUAUAACACUUGUGGUUAUUUUAAAUGCUCCGAAUAUGAGUAUAUGUUGGAGAAUUUGGUUGAUUGAAAUAAUUUUUAAUAUUUUUAUAAAAGUCAUUUGUCUCGAAAAAUGUUAUUUUUUGAUUGGAUUCAUUUAAAAUUUCAAUCAUCGUUAAUGUUACUAUAACAGCACCAAUUUCUGAUGGGAUGAUUCGUUUGAAACUCUCCUUGAGUCAACAUAAUUACAAUUUUACAUCCUCACGUGUUUCUUCCACCAUUUUGCCCACCGUAAAUCCCACCGUGCCCCUUUCCGAGCGGGCACGAUUAGGUAAGCGUAAUCGCACGACUCGCGUGUGCCUUUGUGUGCGAGAGAGUAGUGAACACGUCACGUCACACCCCUGCUGGCCCUACCGACAGGCCUGCCGUGUACGUGUGUUGGUGGGCAUGUUUGUGUUUUGGUUCGGCUUUAAAUGCGGCUGGCAGGGCGCGUUCUGGCUAUAGUUCGGUUUCAGAGAUUGUUCCGCGCGUAUCCUUCACGCUGCUAACGCAAAGCGCAAAGAGCUACGACGCCACACAACAUUUGCUACAACUGCAGCUACCAGCCCAGCCAACCAAGUGUUGUUGUUACAACUCAGAAACGGGAAACGGGUGUAUUACAAACCGUUUUGUAAACCGAAACUAGUACUACUUAAACUGCCAACUGGUGUAGUGCACUGCCAACAAGGAAGUACAAGGAAACCGAAAUAGUAUCCUGCAAAGUACAAAAAGCCCUCACAGUCCCCACUCGAGCGGAUUCUAGUCGAUCGUCGAUCAGCACCAGCUGCGUGAAUAACCAAAAACAAAACCAGCCCGCGAACGCCAAGUGCCGGAAAAAGUGUUGUUGUAAAACCCACUUUACCAAAAACAAAAAGACUCGCACCAACAGCAUGUCGGCAUCACCGAUCGCACGUCAGGCUUGCGCCUCCAUCUCCCAGGCCAUCCCGUCCAAGCGGGUACUGAUCCAUGAUGCUUCCGAGCUGCCGGACCUGUACUCCUCUACGCCCGGCGGUACCCUGUACUCGACCACACCCGGAGGUACUCGCAUCGUGUACGAGCGUGCCUUCCUGAUGAACCUGAAGAACUCCCCGCUGGCCCGCACGCCGCCAAACAAUGUGCCAAUGAACCUGUUGCGUACGGGCGUUGUCAGCCCGAACACGAAACCAAUGACGACACUGUCGGUCAAGCAGCAGAAACCUGCCCGGAACUCCCCACCAAAGUACGACGAGCAUCAGGAACAGUUCGACAUGGAUCUGUAAGCGCCUGUUUUGCUGUCUCGUGACUUGCUGGGCCUGGAGAGAGCAGUGGGCGUCGUUCCUUCGUAGCGGCAUUUUUUUCAACACCAAUUACAACCGGAAGUGACAUCUGUUGGCCUGGUUCCGCCGGAAUUUGCAAGGAGGAGGAGCAACCACAGAGAGCACAGCAACACAGAGGAAGCAACGACAAGAGCACAUCGGAUGCGGAGAAGAUAUUAUUAUUAAUUCCCCCUAUUAUUUUUGCAAUUUUUCGUUGGUCUUGUUAACUUGUUACGCGCGCGCGCACGUGCGAUUGUUUUUGGAAGGCCGCAGACAAGCGGCCACAGGCGCACACGCGCGCGCGUGUGUGUGUCUUUGAGUAAUAUUAGCAUCUCUGAAUAUUUGUGAGCCGCCAGACAGGGCAGAACAGGGGUUAUCGACCCUUUUACUAACCGACUCGCGCUAACAACGGCACCCAGAGAGAGUAGGCAUCUCGAUAAAUCGUUGGAUGUAGACUUUAUAAGUUUAUCGUUCCUUCGGUAGUAAGAUUAGCAUUCGCAUAUACAUAUGUGUUUUAACGUACGCCCACGGUAGUCACGUAAGCAAAACAAACAAACACACACACACACACACAUCCUUUCUGUUUUAGUUUAGUGUUCACAUCACCAGCAAGGGGGACCAGAGAAGGACAGGGCCAUGUUUUGUUUUGUGUACGAUCGGUGAACAAUCGAUCAGAAAAACCCAAAAAGAUAAACCCCAACACAGCAGGAUCCAGUGACAAGAAGUGUAGGCAGAGCAAGGGUGCGAUCAGUUCGUUACUGUCGAAAGUCGAAAAUCAUUCUCUAGGCUCUAAGCGAAACAAAUGUGGAGGAUGACUAAGAACCUGCCCCUCCCAUGCGAACCAAUCAUCUCACACGUUGGAGCGUUUGUGUGAGUGUGUCGCAUACGAAAGGGAAAGUGGAAAUGUAUUGCAAUGAAUUCUCAGAAUUCAGAUAGCACCAACACAUACACCUCACCUUCCUGACGAAUUCGUCCUUUGAGCACAGCUUAUCGGGAAAUCGUAUUCGCUCAAGGAUUGUGUCGUGUGACAUCAGGAUCAUUCGCUCCGGGAAAUGUGAGCUGAUCGUUUUGUUUCUUUUUUACUUUUGUCUCUUUAGAACGAACCUACUGGUGAUUUGUGAUAAAUGUGAAAGAUUUCAUUGACUGCAAUCAACCGAACCUGGCCUCCCGCAGUGGGAGAAGGCAGAAAAGGAGGUUUAGGGAAGAAAACGGAAUCUUUCAUAGCUUUUGUAUUGUUUAAGUCAAGCGUAUAAUUUUAUUGAAUGUAAGAACUUAUGAAGAAAAUAAUGAAGCAUAAAAAAGAACCUGUUUUGAAACGAGA